ACGUUCUUGCGAGUCCAUGUUUACUUUUUGCGGACGACUUGAAAUCCUGGAGUUCCAAUGCCAGCGCCCUCCAAAUGGAUGUAGACGCUGCCAAGCAGUGGUCGUUGGACUGGCACCUUCCUCUGAAUGAUGAAAAGUGCGUCCAUGUGUCGUUUGGAGGGGAUUCAGCGAAUGCCUUCGUUAUGCAUGGUGAAAAGGGACCAGAAAAAAUCAUGAGGAUAGAUGCCAAAAAAGAUAUGGUCAUCUGGGUCUCCUCAAACUUGUCCUUCGCACCACACCAUGAGAAAUCGGCCCAAAAGGCAUUCGCCGUUUUACGGAUGAUCCGACGUACCUUCUCCCGUAUUACGGGAGACGUCAGACCGCUCCUGGAGUACGCCAACAAAGUUGUCUACUCAGGACGUACGAAAGACGUUACCCUCAUUGAGCGUGUCCAGCGGGCCGCCACGAGAAUAGUUGCCGGCCUCAAGUCCGUGGACUACGAAACGCGUCUCGCGACGCUUGAUCUAUUUCCCCUGGAGUACCGUCGCCUCCAAGGGGACCUAAUUCUUACCUACGCCCUGUUUGAACAAAGCUUGACAAACAGGUUUUUUACCGUUGACCCAGCAAACACCCGGCGGGGACAUAGUUUGACUAUCUUACUAGCUCACCUAUUCGAACAUAGUCGACAUGAUUCCAGAAGUGAAGAUGGGUUGCAAUACUUGGAUAUGAAAAUUCACUUGCCUGACCCAGCGCAACCUAUAGAAAAAACCGACGAGCGAAAAUGGAACUUCGGCAAUAGCCCUCCGUCAUCAGUGGAAAUCCAGCAUGAGGUAUUCCUUCAACGAAACAACCAGGGGAUGGUCUGCACCCUGCGCUUUUCAAACAAGUUGCUCAAACUGAUGUACGAUCCACUCAGUGCCUACGCUACUUACUGCUUCCCUGCUCGCGAAGACACGUACCCUCGAAAUGAUCUGAGUAGCCACACGAAGCCGUCCGUCCUAAUGAAUUCGAACGAUCUCACAGAUCACCACAUUGAUAUGUUGCAGCACAACAACGUCAAUCAGUUUGAUAGUUCUGAUCCUAACUCCGUCGGUUCCAACGCUCCGAUGGUUUCUUCGGUUUGGCUGGAGCAAGGCGACUACUUUUUUGACGACGAGUUUUCUGUUCCUUUUGACACCAAUCUGCAGGAUGAUUUGGUACAGAAUGAAUUGAACAUGAAUGGAAUGACAGUUUCUUUAGGCCCCACAGUUCCACCAGCCCGAACUAAUCUCCAAUUAGAACAGUCUCGUUCUGACUCUUGCAUUUGUACUCCUGGCGAUUCUGGCGAAAGUGGUCUGAUCAGUGCUCACCCGGAACAGCUCGUACCACCAUACCUAUCUGAACCUCCUCAUCGCCAUCCUCAGUUGAUGGGAGCUAUGCAAAACACCUCAGUGACUCCAUCACAAAACGGCGCUAUAUAUGAAUCAACUAAUGGCGUGAUGCAGUCGGAACUGAACAGGGUAGGCACUGAAAGUGGUUCCGGUCAUCACAAACGAGACUUCCAAUCCAAUGGCGUCUCUCAACCUUCCCCCAAUGCAUCUCAAUUUUCGGGACAGUCUGGUUCGACCAGUUGGAUGCAGAUGGUUAUGGAACGAUCGUGUAACCCCGACUUGAAAGCCUUGUUAAGCCGUGCUGCUAUGGCUGUGGACUAUAAACUAGCCUAUGGGGAAUCGCUACCCAUAGACUCCUCAACAGGCUCUCUGCUUCAACAACUAAUCCGCGAGAGAUUUGAUGAGCGGCCGAAUAAUUGUUCUCGUGGGCUGGCUCGCUCUUUGAGCCAAGGUGAUUUGUUAACUGCAGCGAGUUUGGCUGGUCUUCGUUACGCGCUUGAUCAGGCUGCACAGUGCCUCCCCAGGGCGGACGAACGUUCAGUCGAAGCUAAGUCAGUGGGUGUCACGGCACGUGGUGAAUCAGUUGAUUCACCCAGCAUUUCGGACUCUGCAGAGGUGGGUGCACCUAACACAACGACAUGGGCUAAGAGACAUGGAAGUCGUGAAAGCUUGAAACGAAAAUUCCUAACUACUAAGGAGCCAACCACCACUCCCCAGGUUCCCGCUGUUUCUGACACCUCAAACAAGUUGGAAACUUCUGAUCAACCGGAAAAUGUCAAUCCUUGGAGGAUGAUGAAACAAGCGCAUGGAACUUUGAUCACAUGGAAUCAGUUGAAGCGUACCCUGAAGACAGGGCAGCCGUUGGAACGAGGCCCGCACACGCGAGAAAGUCGGAGAGAGCAACACGGUCGACGUGCUUGUGAUGUGGUUUCAGAACAAGUAAAUACCGGGGGCACCGACCUCUGUGUUACCUCGGAUACUCAGCUGCUUGAAAACGCGUAUUCCAGGCCUACAUGUCGAUCUCGAUCACAACCAGUAUCUGCAAACCAUUAUAUGUAUCGUUUCUCUGGGACAUUACUAGAGAUUUUCAUGAGGGCUAAAGCUGAUGAGGGUGCCGUUCGCUGUGUCUACAAUGCAUCCAGUGAUCUGGGUGAUAAUUUGGAUUCAGCUACCAGGAUGAGAUCAUCUGCUGCGGACCCGCGUCCUACCGGCUCAUCUAGCCAAAUGCCUGCAACCGCUGUUCGCAUAGGUCACAGGCGGUCAGUUGGGUCAGGAACGGAGCCUACGAAACUUCUGUCUGAGACUGAUAGACAUCCGCUUCUUCGUGGGGACCGCAUACUUCCACAACGGUUUCAACCUCCCGACCUUUCAACCACUUCAUCUUCCGGUGAGCAAUCCAAUAAUCGCUUUACACGGCAUUUUGGGGCCCAGUUUCCAUCAUUGGAUGCAUAUACACAAGCCGUUACAACAGUUGCGCCCAAUCCUUUACGUUGUUCUUCUCCCGUCUGGUCACCUAGUCUACCUACUCGCUGCAAUAUGGGUGGUAUAAAGCCGUCACACUAUGCUUUUAUAAGGCACAGUCAUCCGCGUCACUCAUCUCGGCCUCAAUCAUUCGAUCCAAGUCGAACUGCCAUACCGCAUAAGACACCACCUGUUGAUGACAAAUCUUCAAAUCAUUCACCAGAAUUAGCCGCAUGUCUGACGGCUUCUGUCGGUCCGGAUUCUCCCUACAUGGCUGCUCUUCGCGCCGAUUAUAUGGCUGAUGGUUAUUCAGCUGGCUGGCUUGGGAAUCCGCGCGCUUCUAUUGCCUAUCCCGGGCUUGGUUUGCUCUCCAUUCCACGACCGUCCCGUCUCACUGGAGCGGCAUUCUUAUCACAUACCUUACCAGAUUUGUCGUUUUUAGGCAAAGCUGGUGCAGAAGAGGAGCGUAAGGGAACUCCAACCAUGCCUAAGCGUGUAGCUUCUUGUCGGUUCCACGGCCGGAUAACCAAUGGACAUUGUGGUGCCAAAUGCACCUGUCGAUCCGUUCCGGCCGGGCGAAAUGGUGCUCCCGCUUGGUUACAUCCUCGUUCUCGGUUAACCGGAAAGCCGAGGCGUCCGGAACUCAAAGCUUAUACUUUUUCUCCGGAUUUGACAGAUGUGUUGGAUCAGAGUAAUAAUGAUGUGUCACCACACGAUGCACAAAACCCUACUGAUGGGAAACCGUCCAUACCGGAUAUUGUCCCAAUCAAUCGAUUUGGCGCAUCCGAUAGUUCAGACGCUGAUCCGAGAUUACGACUACAUUUAUCACAUCGUUUACGAUAUAAGGUGGACCGUUCUACUUCCGAACCGGAAUUGAACUCCACAAGUCGACUCACCUUCCGGUCUACGGGAGAUGACCAGUCCUAUGAGAAUCCGAGUGCACUGCUGACUUCAAGUGGUCAGAACUGCUACGGUUGGGAUGACAAUAAUAGUUCGAACAAAAGUUACGAUCUAUUCACGCCUCACGGUCGUCGUCCGAAGAAAAGUGUGAGCUUCAGCGGGAAAAUUCGUUUGCUGCGUGUGCAGAAUGGGGUGGAAUCACCGACCUCUCCCGAACCAAAAGUCAUCCCACGUAAUUGGGGCCUGUACGGACAAGAGACUCCGUUGGCUGAGUUCAAUCCACGCAACAGCCCUGGACGGGACACAAACCAACCGGGCGAACUCCCUCGACAAUCGGACGUUGAUGUUCGUUAUCAUGCCAUGGUCAAUGAUGUCAUCAAAGCUGUUCAGGAAACAGUUGCCUAUUAUUCCACUGCCACCACUAGUAACCCUGAUCCAGCCGGUAAUGGCUGCACCACUGCUGAUCCUCUUCCAUACUCGGCGAUUGCCGCUCUCGGUAGUGCUGGCCGCCAACCGCUUUUGGCUGUUGUCGGCCCCCUCACAGUACUGCUAUCGGAUGGACUGCUUCCACCUACCAAACCGAUAUUUAUCACCAAACCACGUACCCGUCUAUGGCAAAUGGUGGAAGAAAGCUGCCGACCAGGUCCCCUUCUCUCCGGCGUAGCUUACCGCGUGCUAAGUGAUGCAGUCUCGCAAGUUAAGGCACUUACGAGCAUCACACUGGAAAAGGUCAAAUUCAAAGCGUUUAUCUGUGCUUGCUUAAACGCCAAAGCUCUUCCAAUGUGGCUUAAUGCGGUCGUUGCGAACGAAUCCUUGCUAAGUCGAUUCUACUGCGAGGAUGCAUUUGUUCGCCAGUGUCGGGCAACUCAGCGUGGGCUACAUGCCGACCUACUAACUCAUCUCGAGCAGCUUCUAGCCUAUCCGUUCAAUUUGGACUUGGCAGUGGAAGUACGCAAACCGCUCUUCACAGACCCAUCGACCGGUGCUAAUCGAAACUUGGGUUCCCAAUCAACUGGUGCUGCUACUGCUACGACAAGCAGUCCUUUGGUGUUGAAUUCAACUCAGCAACCGGGGCUUCCACCCAAGGUUGCUGCACGAGCGAAUAUUCCUCCCGCAGUUGUCGUGACUCGAAAGGCUACCCCGACGGCGCCUUCUGUGCCCGCUCGGAACAGACUGUCGCCACCGUUACCCUCUGGAGGUACAACCGCUACGGUUCAUCAUUACCCGCAGCAUCAUCUUCCUGGACAACGUCCCAUUCCACUUAAGAAUACUACAAGUCGUUCCUCGCGCCAGACUGGCGACGAAUCUGGUGUUAGCACCAGUGCCUCUUCGGAACCUCGUACCACAGAUCCAACGAAAUCUACCGGAAAACGCCCAACCCAAACAUCACAAGCACCACAGUCAGCAUCAGCAACCGCGUCCCAAGUAAGGGGUCGUCUGAAAACGGCUCUGUCAAAUUUCCGGCGCAGUGCCCCACUCAGUGAAUCCAUCUCGAAAAAGGCGACAACCACUGAACCUGGUGCUCCCACUAACUCGAUGACCGCGACACCCAGUCGGCCAACAACCACCACAGGAAUUCCAACGUCCGAUUCUAUUUCCAAACCACCAUCCAGGUUCGAUAACAAUUCCCGUCCACGACCCCCGUUGCCAGACACAAAACCCAAUAUUGCCUCCAAGUUACGGCAGCCCUCUAACAUCAGUGGACCUCGUUAGACCGGCUGUAUUCGUAGAUGCUUAGAAUCCUUCAAUAUCUUCGACGUUCUUCGCUUCAUUCAACUGCAUGACAUUUUGACGCAUUUACAACUCACUCCCAUCACCUCACCUGCCUAAACACCUACCCAAUCCAUCCGUCAGGUGGAUGCUGAAUUCAUUCUUUUAGUUCACUCUUUUAUGAAUUGGAGAAGUUGGCCUGAGCUUAUUUCGUUAUGGCGGGAUUGUGUGACACGUAAUUUUAGGUCUUGCAAUUCCUCUAUCUCAAAUUGGGGGUCGAUCUUUCUUAGAUCCCCAAUCCAUUGGGAUCCAACCCUCGGUUACCCCCUACACGCAAUCACCAUGUUUUAUGAGGGUGAGGAACACCUGUCUUUCAAUGCUUUGCCACAUUCUCCCCAUGUUUCUCAUCACUCGAGGUUUUGGACAUCGAUAAAUGAACCAUUUUCUCAUUAAAUGUCCCAUUCUUCACUCUCCCGCUCCCUACCAUUAUGGCGCCUUUGCCUCUCUGAUUUCUGUCUACACCUAAUUUUUCUCCACGUGUUCUUGUUGUUUUUUCCUACCGAGUCUUAUCAGCCACUUUUCCUGACCUCGCCACCCCCAUACUAGCCCAGCAACGUGGGGGAAAUGUGAUCUGGUUAUGUUACUCAUUUUCGAUACCUGUGAAGUACCUCAUCGUGUGUCAUUCGACAGGAUGAAUGUCUGUCGUCGUGUUGUACACAUUAUUUUGGUUUUCGCUCCUCCAUUUUUUUGUUUUCAUUUCUUUCUCCUCCGAUAACUUGUUGAUCAUAUACCAUUACAAUAAUCUAUCAUCACGCUUUUUCCCCAGCAACAAACUGUUUGUUGUGGCUGCGUUUGGACGCCGCCCAACUCGCCCCCUUCAUCCUUUCACUUGCCGGGAAUAACAUCCCGCAUCAAACUCCCUAUGCCCAUUCUGUCUCUCUCUGCUCAUGUUCUUUUGCCGGACGGUUUGACCAAAAUAACAAAUUUUGCACAGUAAAUGUCACUUUUCUCUAACCGCUUCCUUCGUUGUUCGAUGCUUCUGCUUCAUGCUUUGCCUUAGUCUCAUGAAUGCGCUGCUAAAG